AUGGUAGAAACCGAAUAUGCCGGUAGGAACAGUGACAGUGGAAUAUUUCGAGCUUCAGCAAUGAAAUAUCAUAUUAUAACUCACUCACAACUUGAUAUUCUGCCACCUUCAAAGCUACUUUAUGAUACUAACAACUGUAAAUUUCCCUAUUAUUUUGUGGCAGACGAGGCGUUUCCACUUGGAAGAAAAACGAUUGAGUGCACAUUUGGAAUGAUGACGGAAAAAUUUCAAGCGCUGAGUACCGCCAUUCGUUGCCGUGAUGUAGAUAAAGUCAAUGAUAUCGUUAAGGCAUGUUGUAUACUCCACAAUUGUAUUCGCAAAAGAGAAGGUACUCGAUAUACAAUGCGACAUUUUGAAGAAAGUGUUAGUCUGCGUAAUAACACCACCAACUUCACAACAGAUGAUUGGACAUCAAAUGAUUACCUAUGUAAAUGA